GCGAGCCUCUCAAACGGAAGCCGUACUCGACGUUCGUCGUACUUUUGUCACGCACACGGUCGGCAGGCCUCGCUCGACGACGAGUCUCCAAAGACGUCAGAGGACGUCCUCGCUCGGAGACGCGUCAACUGGAUAUCGGUGGACGCCGAGACGUCAUCGCCAAGAAUCGACGUGCGCAAAACAUGAGGACGGGCGGAAGUAGUGGAGGCAAAUGUGGAAGUGAAAGUCGGGAGUAGGCUGGGGGGGGGGGGGGCAGAGUUUGAAACAAACGCGGCCUCGCGUGCACACAUUGUCCAAAUGGCUGACUUUAUAACAACGACGAUUCGCGCGGGGACGGAGACUCGAAACCCUGACGGAAGCCGACGUCCUGGUGUCAAAAGCGCUCCCCUUUUUAGAGGCAAUGGAAGAAUACGCAACAGUGCCAUCCACGCUGCGGAUGACGACGGCAUGAUGUCCCUCAGCCGGACCCGGCUCCGCGUGCCCUCGGUGCCGGUCCUGGUCCUGGUCCCGGUCCUGGUGCUCUUCCACACCCGGUGGGCGCGGGCGGGUCGCUCGGACCGCGGGGUCGCCGUGUUGGCGUCCGAGGAGUACGUGAGCGCCACGGUCAACGCCAGCGUGAUGGACGCGCGAGGACACGCCGUCCACGUCAUGAGCAGCGACGACGGGACGUACGGGCAGAACUCGCCCAAGGUGGACACCCGGGCGCUGCUCGUCGUCACGCCCGCGCCGCGCCACGGAGUUGUGGAUCAUCAAGGCUGCGACCCCAGCACCCGCUUUGUGGCGCCUCCGCGCGGCGUCCAGUGGGCGGCGCUGCUGCAGAGAGGAAACUGCACGUUCAAGGAGAAAAUCCUGAAGGCCGCCGCCUUCAACGCGUCGGCCGUGCUCAUCUACAACAACUCCACCAACAAGACCGUCAAGAUGGGUCACGAAGGUACGGGCGACACGGUGGCGGUGAUGAUCACGGAGGCUUACGGCAAAGAGAUGCUGGCCCACCUGGAGAGGAACCUGAGCGUGGCGGUGACGGUCCUGGUGGGUCAGCGCAGCCCCACCAAGAACAUCAACCGAGGCUCCCUGGUCUUCCUCUCCAUCUCCUUCAUCGUCCUCAUGAUCAUCUCGUCCGCUUGGCUGGUCUUCUACUUCAUACAGAAGAUCCGACACGGCGGCGCGCCGCACCGCGGCCACCGCCGUUUGGGCGACGAAGCCCGGAGGGCCCUCGGCAAGUUGACCACCAGGACGGUGAAGAAAGGAGAUAAGGAGACGGAUCCCGACUUCAACCACUGCGCAGUUUGCAUCGAAGCCUACCAGCUGAACGACGUGGUCCGCAUCCUUCCCUGCAAGCACGUGUUCCACAAGGCGUGCGUUGACCCGUGGCUGCACGAGCACUGCACGUGUCCCAUGUGCAAGCUCAACAUCCUCAAGGCUCUCGGCAUCGCGGGCGGCGUCCCGUGCACGGACAGCGCCGUUCUGGACGUGGAGCGUCUCGGCGCGGACCGGGCGCCCGCCGGCCGCAGGGCUCCGCCGGGCCGGCGCGGCGUGCCGCCCGCCGUCAGCCUGGAGCCGCUCGGCCCGCCCCGCCCGGAGGCCCCGCCCCGGACGCCUGCCCCGGACAUCGCCAUCACCAGUAGUCGCUUCUUCACGUCGACGCCCCCUCCCCGCAUGGAGCUCCCGGACCUCCAGGCCCCUGUGGACCUCCGCGAUGACAAGUCCUGAAGGCUGUCGCCGACGACGACCCCUCCCCUCUCGCGCACGGUGUGACUCGUGUCAGGGCUCCGGAGUUUUCCAAAGUAGACGGAACGAGCGACUGAAUUCCUUCCCAAUGUUCUGCGCCUGACCUUUUGUGUUCCUCGAGGCUUGCAGAAGUUCUGCUCGGACUUCCAGCUGAUGUUUUCUCACUUGCUUUCUUUCUGGGUCUCCCCGAAAGCUAGCCGGGACCUUUUACCAGGCGACCAGGGUCCCGAUCCCGUUUUGGCGGAUCCGGAGAUUGUUCUUCCUCUGGUUUGUUCCGUGGUAGGAAGGCCAAUUCCGGACUGGACGCCACUGGGGCCGAAGAGUCGGAACGACUGGACCUUUGAACCGAGCCCGCUCCGGCGGUCCUUGGGCCAGAACCAGAAGCGGAACGUUCUUUGAGAAAAUCACCUGACCCGGAAGAGCCCCGACCAAUCACAUUUCAAGGAGCGGCCCCUCACCUGCCAGCAAGUCCCGUCGAGAUAUUCAAGCGAGCGUUCCACGUGUCAUGUCGCUACGGCAACCGUGUUUGUCGCCGUUUACUCUCUGAGCAGUGUUGCUCUUCCGCUCCGCAUUUUUCACGCCACCUUUGAUUAUGAUUAGCCAUUAGCCUAGCCUAGCUUAGCACAGUAACUGCUUGGCAAAAUUUUCACAAAAGACCGACGGGUAAGGCUAACAAUUUAGUUUUAGCGCAGCAAGACAACAAGGGAUUAAAAAACAAACAAAUAAAUGCCAGUUUACCUUUGCAGGAAGAAAAAGAACACGUCGAACAGCAACAAAUGUGCUCGCUAACGGGCCAGUUUACUCGUUGGAGGAGUCGUUAGCAAGUCGAUGACGGCGUCACGUGAGAUUUCAAAUCGUCGUACGAACUGAAACCGACUCUGCCCCCCCCCCCACCUCGAAGCCGUCCCUCUGCACGUUAGUUCUGACAGUGGUGGGGGGUUGAUCCUCUACAUAUGUUAAUAAUGUUCAUAAUUAGCAUUUUAAUGUAAGGCAGAAUGAACCCAAUUACGUGGGAGUAUAUAAUCUUUAGGAAAUUAGAAAUGUGAGCCAAAGCUUACAAGAUACAUAAAUAAUAACCACGUCUUGUUCCAUUUGCAUAUUUAGUCAAAAGGAAAAAACAGAAAUUCAUAUUGUAACUGAACACACGAAUAUAAGUUAUGUAUUUGGGAGGCAUGUGAUCAGUUGUGGAUUGAUCUGUUCAAAUUAAAUCUAUUUCUUUGCACAUCACCCGACGCUAUGAAAUGGAAACAAGGAUUUAUGAAUCUCCACAACAAUAACUUUUAUAAUUUGACCACUUUGUCUGUUGUAAAAAAAGAACCGAGAUACAAAGGUGACGUGUAUGAAACAUGAAUUUCAUGUCCUGUCGGUCGUCUCACCCGCUGGAUCCGCCUCUGCUGGUCACCUGAUCACGCCGUGCAACCUGAUUGGUCAUUCACCAGAUUUCUGAGCAGUUGCGUUGAUGUUUACUGGCAUCUGUUUUUUUUUUUUUUUCAGGAAAACUGAACAAAAAUCCUUUUAAUGAAGGCUGCGUGGAUGAAUAUGUCGAUUUCUGUGACGGUGAUCGUUUCAAGAUCUCUAAAUGGAGAGUCUCGGUGGACCUGGCGCCUCCUGGUGGCCGAGGCUGGGCCCCACAUGCACGCCGUGCCAUUUAAAGUAGAAAUUGAAAAAAAAAAGUUCUCGAACUUAAAUCAUUAUUUUUGAACACCAAAUGAGAGAAACAAGGACACAGGUGUCAACAAGUUGUGUGCAACAGUACUAAUAAAACUCUCCAUGGCAACGCUGUUGUAACUUUCACUCAUUGAAAAGUUUCUGCUUCCCCGGAACCCCCGAAAACCCGAAAACCGUAUAACUCAACUCUCAUUGGUGGGCUCGUGAAGCCCCUCACACACAUUCGUAGAAAACUCCAGGGCCGAACUAAUGUUCAACUUUCAUCGUAAAUUACUGUCCAGGAACGGCUCAGUCAGAUCCCUGACCCAAACCCAACGGAGCAUCUCUGAGAGGACUGGAUCUCCAACACUGCACUCAGAUCAUC